AUGGAGGUUUCAGCAUACAAGACGGAUGGGAUUUUUGCUAAAGAACUUGAAGACGAGCUCAUGAAAUUUACUGUGAAAUCUGAGGACAAUGGUGGAGUUGAGGGACCACCCUUGGUUAAUCAGACUGAGCAAGUGCAGAAAAACAAGGAAGUUGAGGUCAACAUAACAGAAUGUACAAAAUCUAUGGGCAAUAAGGCUUUUAUACCACAACACCAGGACUUGACUGAGAGUGAGAGCUCGAGUUCAUUUGAUGACAGUGAUUCGGAUUUUGAGUAUGUUGAUAGCUUGGGUAACUCUGAAGAUUUGUCCGGUUUUUGCGGUGACAUUGAUGGAUUUGGUGAUGACUUUAGGAAGAAAAAACUGACAGCUCACUGGAGAUCCUUUAUCCAACCAAUCAUGUGGCGCUGUAAAUGGACUGAACUGCAAAUCAAGAAAUUGCAGUCCCUAGCCCAAAAAUAUGACAGAGAACUUGAAGCCCACAAUAAGCGAAAGCAGAUUCAGAUAGAAGACUCGUCAUUGGCAGAUGGCGUGAAGUCAGUCCCAUUUUCGCGUACGUCUGCCACAGAUGACUUAUUCAAGAGGAAGAAAAGAAGAAUGAAAGAGGCAACUACUGAUGUAGCAGAAUAUAUGUCCCGUCAUAACCUUUUCUCGUAUUAUGAGAACAAGAAGAGUUCUACUGAUGGUGCCUCAAUGAGUAACUUGUCAAAAAGUUCAGAAAAAGCUGCCCAGAAAGCAAACAUAGAUGAAGAUUGGGCAAAUGACGACCUAUCGUCUUUUGUGGCUGGAGAUGGUGAUAAUUCUUUAGAAGAAAUACUUAGAAAGAUCGAGCUUUUACAGUCGCAAGCUGGCCAGCUGAGGAGCAGGGUCAAUAGAGUUAUUCAAGGAAAUGCCGAAAAGUUUCAUUUUGUUGAAGAACUAGACUUGCCCAUGCCUUUUGAAGCUCCAAAUGCAAGCAAUGGUGAUGGUAUUGCUGUAGGAACAUACAUUGCAUCUCAGCUUAUGUCUGAGUAUAACACGGGUGAUAUACAUGCCUCUGAAAGUGAAGUUACGAAUCACGGCGAAGGUGUUCACAAUGCUAAUGCAAGUACAGAUCAUGCUCCUUUUGCAAAUUCAAACGUUGAAGAUGGAGCGCUAAUCGACAACCAGAGAGUCAAAGAAGAGAUUAAUUUCGAGGAAGUGAUUAUUAACCCCAGCAAAAAGCCUCCACUGAAAACCAAUGGGCCCAUUAAUACCAUCAGUCCCCAACUCGCAGGUGAGCCGAAUUUGCCGGCAAACAAUCAAUCGCCUCCAAAAGUACGGUCAACUGCCCCAAGAACCAAACGGAAGAGGGGCUGGAAAAAGGGCGUUCGACGCAAGACUCGAAGAUCCACAGGUUAG